AUGGCGGUGCCCGUGGUUAUCGUGGACGACCACCACCACUGUCUACCCGACAUCCACCUGGCCAUCCGCCAGCGUCUCCUACCCUUCGCGGGUAUCCACGUGCUGCACGUCGACGCACAUCCGGACUUAUCCUUCCCGACUUCGGCAGACACCAGCGUCAUCUUCGAACCAGAGACGCUAUAUGAUACGCUGGACAAGUCGGUUGCAGGAAUUGCCGAGUUUCUAUUGCCGCUGGUGUUUGCAGGACACGUGAACCAGAUCACAUGGCUCAAACCUUCUUGGGCGACGCAGAUGCCGACGGGGGCCUUUAAACAACUCGCAAUUGGAAAGCGCAAGUCAAAUGGUUGGUACAGCUGA